AUGAUGAACCUAACAGACGCAAUAACCCAUCAAUGGGGCUCUGAAUCCCUGCUACAAGGUCCAUGGGACUACUUGAGGUUCAACUAUGGUGAUUACCUUAGAUCUCCGCUGUUUCCAGUAGUAUUCGCCUUAUCUAUUGAUUACUUUUGGGUGGCAUUGUUUACUUGUAAGUUAAUUUUUGUAUAGAAAUGUCAAUUCGUAUUUUACUGACUGCUGAGACUUAAAAUACAUUAAAUUUCCGCUUGGAUUUUUGAAUUAAAGCUUGAAUUGCCAAACUACAGUACUAAAAAAGCCCUAUAGCAGUCUUAAUUACAACUUCAAGGUCGUUCAAAUGCUUCAAAUUUUCAAAAACAUCAAAUCCAAAGCUAUAAAGCACUUUGCCAAUAUUAUACUUUUAAAUAUUUGCCAGAAAAAAAACAGCUUAAAUAUUCUUUCAGUUAUUGAUUUGUUCUGCUAUGACAUGCCAUUCAUCAAAGAAGCCAAAAUCCAGAAGCACAUCCCAGUAACGUGGAAGUUGGUCAAAGAAACUUUGAGUUUGCAGCUUUUAAAUCAAUUCUUGUGGUAAGAACUAGCCUUUUCUUCACAAGGUUGAACCAUCUUUUACUUAUUUUAGAAAAACUACAACAAAUAUUACGUUGUUUGAAUAAUUCUGUGCUCACUUCAAAGCAGAUUUUCAGCGUUAAAGGUACAGAAUUGCGUGAACAACCUAAUAGUAUAGCUAUGAAGACAAAAUCCCAGUAAACCGUGUUGCUAUAAAGAAAGCCUAGACCGUGUUACUGUCUUAUUUCCAAUGAUAUAAAGAAAGCCUAGACCGUGUUACUGUCAUAAUCCUAAAUAUUAUAAUUUGAAUUUAAUCCACACCUUUUCAGGAUAUGGCCAAUGGCAUUAGUGCAAAUCAUCUGGGUACCUGAAGAGGUAUUACCCGAGAAAGCGCCUUCACUAUUUGAAAUGUGUUGGCAAAACCUGUUGUUCUUCUGUAUGUUCGACACUGGCUACUUUGCCUUCCAUGUUAUGAGUCACAAGGUAAAAUAUGCGACUUUUUGCUAUGCAAGUUAAAAAAAUUCAAGUCUUUUGUAAAAGACAUCAAUUUUAUUCAGUAAGCAAAAAAUAGUGCUAGAAAAGUAAUUUUAAUUACAUAUGGGUAUGAUAUCUUGCGGUUUAACAAAUCCUUGUCAACAAAAAAUCUUUCUAAUACAUUCCUUUUAGAUCCGCUGGCUAUACCGAUGGUGUCAUUCGGUUCACCACAUGUAUUCUUCGCCAUUUGCCGCUGCUGCUCAGCAUUUACAUCCGUUUGAGCUGUUCUUUACUGGAACAUUCAUUACAUGUUGUCCAUGGCCUUUCAAAGUAAAUUUAAUUUUAUUUUUUACUGUGUAACAAAGUAGCGAUUUAUUAGGUAUAUUUACUUAUCAUUUAUAUACUAUAGAGAGUAUCUUUACAUGUCUUUUACAUACUAUAAAUAGUAUCUUCACUUAUCUUGUACAUGCCACAGCGAGCGUCUUUACUUAUCGUUUACUGUGUAACAUAGUAUCGAUUUAUUACUGCGCGGCAAAAAAUGGCUGCGUAUAUGAAUGUACAUAGACCAAACCCAUUUUCAGCCCCACUGCUUGACCUACUGGGUAUGGUUCGUAAUCGCUCAAACCGUAUCCUAUGAAGUUCAUCUUGGCUACGAUUUCCCCUUUAUGCUACACAGAUUCCUACCGUUUUACGCCGGCGCACCAGCACAUGAUAUGCACCAUGUUCGGCCGUUGACCUGUUUCCAACCUUGGUUCAAUCACUUGGACAAACUUUUCGGCUAUUACAUCAGCUACGACGAUGUGAAAAAGAUGAACAAAGCCAUGUUGGAGCGUUACGGUAAAUACAGCGACGAAGAUGUUAAGGGUCUUAAACAGUUGAAUUGA